CCUAUUUCAUAUUUGACGGGGACAAGAAGACCGAAAGAAACCUUGUUUCUUUGAAAAUAAGUACCCAAGUAUUUCUAAAUUAUAUACGUCCAUAAGGAUACAAAAGAUGGUCGUGGUGACUGCGGGGACAGGGGGGCAUAAAGUCCUCUUGAUAUCUGGCAAACAGAAUGGCUCAUCCAGCUCAACACAGGGAUACAGCCGGUCAAUUUCAGUCGUUUUGCCAUCGUCCUCAAACCAAGCAAAUUCGUCGGAUUCCGACUCAAAUUCGACAACUGGGCCACCCCUGCGUAAAAGACAAAGACUCACCCACUUGAGUCCAGAAGAGAAGCAACUUCGCAGGAAACUCAAGAACAGAGUUGCUGCCCAGACUGCCAGGGACAGAAAAAAAGCCAAAAUGGGCGAAUUAGAAGAGCAAGUUUUGGCGUUGGAGCUGGAGAACCAGAAACUUCAUGUAGAGAACAGGCUGUUACGGCAGAAGACGUGCGGUCUGGUGAACGAGAACGAGGAACUAAGACAGAGGCUGGGGUUGGACACCCUAGAGGCCAAAGAAGAGAAGGUUCAGGUGUUGGAAGCCAGUGGGAUUGAUGCAGUUUUGGGGAUCGGGUCUUCUGAGUGCAGUACUCAGGCUACGUGUGCCUCCGCAGCAGGCGCAGGCCCAGCAUAUCUCAAAUCUGAAGAUUUCCCAAUGGAUACAAAUAGUCCUGACCCUACAGACUCUGAGUCUGAUCUCUUGCUGGGCAUUCUGGACAUCCUUGACCCAGAGCUGUUCCUCAGGGAGUGUGAUGAGCAGGAGGUCCAGGAGCAGGCGGUGCUGCUGGUCGGAGGGGGGGGAGGAGUACCUGCCCCCCCACCUGCACCUAUGGGGGCCACACCAGUUAAGCUGGAGGCCCUUAAUGAACUGAUCCACUUUGACCACAUCUACACCAAGCCCGUGGAUGAAGUGGCGUGUGUCCUCGGGCAGCAGGGAGUGAAUUAUGAGGAGAGCGUGGACGAGAGAAAGACUGAGGAGGUGGCGGUCUUCUCUGUGACCGAGGGAGAGGUCGGCGAGGUGGAGGUGGAGAGCGACGUGUGCGUCAAAGACGAGCCAGAGGAAGCCGUCAUCAUCCCUGAAAGUCGUGGGGUGCUGGAUGACUUCCUGUCCCCGGCCUCGCCAACCUCUGACCUGGCCCUGGGCAGGCUAGAGAAGACCGGGGCGUACCUGACAGAUGCCUACAGUGACUCCGGAUAUGAACGGUCCCCUUCCCCAUUCAGCGACAUGUCCUCCCCCCUCUGUUCGGAGGGAUCCUGGGAUGACGUGUUUGCUAAUGAACUGUUCCCCCAGCUGAUCAGCGUCUGAUCUGAUCCCCAAUAUUCCCCUUGACCCAAUUAUCAAUUCUAAUAUAUCAUGAUCGCCCUGCUUUUUGUGUAAAGCGACUAUAGUAUUAUGUUAAAUAUUAAUUCAUAAGCAGACGAGCAGUAGCCGGGAGCUGGAGUGCUUUUUAUUAUAUAGGCAUUGCUAUCUAGCCCUGGUUAUAUAUCACAAACUGAUUUAAGACCAGGCUAAUACCAUAGCAAACCUCACCUUGAGGAUUCAAACCAAAGUUAAGCACAUACUCUCCUUUAUUACAGCAGGUCUGUACAAUAGGGCAAUCCUGCAUUGGCUUGUGGGAGAUUAAGUUCUUGACACAUAAAUUUGAUGUCACUAAUUGAUUGGUAGUGUAUUUUUAUAAGAUUGGUCUAAUCUUUCUUUUUUGGCUUUGGAGAUAAACAGUGGGUGCGAUCAUCCAGUAUUUCUGUACAAUGUCUUUCUCUGGGGGAUGGGAAUGGACUGUUCUAAAGACACUAUUUAUUCGUGUAUUCUGCUCUGGAGUCUUCUGUAUGUAAUCUGUUUUGGCAUGUAAAAAUGCUUUCUUUACCUCUGAAGUCUGUUCAACGCUUUCCUUGUAGAUCUAAAUUACUGCAUUAAAAAUGUUGCAUUGCA